AACAGAUGAAAGUCUUUUCAUUUAAAGCUCAAAGAUUGGAGCGACUGAGGAAAGAACGACAGAACCAGAUCAAGUGCAAAAACAUCCAGUGGAAAGAGAGAAGCUCGUCUCAAUCAGCAGACGACUUGAGCUCGCUUUUUGAAAAGAAGGACUUUAAGGACAGGCCCCGGAGCACAGGCAGUAAAUCGACACUCUCGCUGCGGCUAGAACAGUGUCCUCAGCAGCUCAACAACCCCUUCAACGAGUACUCCAAAUUUGAUGGCAAG